AUGGACUUUUCUUGGCUCCAGAAUCUCAACCUCCUUCUUGGCCGAGCUGUCAUCGCCGCUACUGCAGGGGGCUGGCCAGCUCAGAUGAUAAAGGAAGUCAAAUACAUUCUCUUGUGUCUUGCCAAUCGACGCGAACGCUAUGGAGGAAAGGGUGUGGUUACCAACGAGCACCUCACCAAGGCAAUUCACUACUUUGACAUCCGUAAUCUUAUUCACGAUGCGAACCAGGUCGAGUCAGAUGACCCAACCAAUACUCCGAAUGGCUUCACUCGCCAUUGCCUCCGUGUCUCAGAUUGGAAAGGCAUGAAAGCCAUCUUGAAGGCGGCUGGUGUCUUUGGUUCCGGGUUUGAGCUCGUCGCUGGCACCUCUGGCUCACAACUCUCUGUUCUUGACAACAUCGUCAAGAUGGCCAGCAAGUACAAUGCCAUCUUAUCAGGCGGCACAUCAACCUGGGAAGAAAUCUUCAAUCUUGCCGAGGCAGAUAUUGAGCAAGCUUGCUUGACGUCUGGCACCCCAGGCCUUGCGAUCGGGGUAAUGGACCGCGAUGGGAAGGUAUUCGACAAGUAUCUCGGUUCUCGUGAUGUGAAGCAAGGACUUAGACCAGACGCCGAUACUGUUUUCAACAUUGGGUCUCUGUGCAAAGGGUUUACAGCACUAGCCAUUGCUUGUCUCGUAACAGAUGGGGCAGCUCACUGGGAUGACCAUGUUGACACUUUUCUCGAUGAGCUUCGUCACACCAAUGUUGGCAGUUCAACUAUCCGGGACUUACUAUGCCAUCGGGCGGGCCUUUGCAGGUCUGAUGCACUCUUCAUUGGAUUAAACAACAACCUGCUUCUUACCAAAACCCAAGGCACUACUGUACUUGCGUCACUCGAUAUAAGCCGCCCACCACGCCAAGAGUUCGUCUACAAUAACUUUGGUUAUCAUGCGGUGGGAUGUAUCAUCGAGAAAGUGUCAGGCAUGAGCUAUGGUGAGUUUCUCGCGAGCCGUAUCCUCAAACCUUUGAACAUGACCCGGACAUUUACGGAGCAACCGUCAAACACGGAUCAAAACAUCUCAGGAGCUUAUCUUGCCUAUCACGAUUUGAAGUUACGCGGGGUUCCAACUCCUAGUAUCUCAAGCGAUACCGUUGCAUUUUCUGCCGGCGGCAUUCGAAGUUGCAUGCGAGAUCUCCUUCUGUUUUAUGGUUCUCUUUUACAAGCAAUUGCUACAUCAACCAAAGUUGAGGAACUCAACGUCAAUGCUGAAGAGCUUCGUACUAUUUUCGACGCUGCUAUCCCUCUUAAAGAUCCCAAGGCUCUACGCGAGCAGUCCUACGGUAUGGGCUGGGCACGUACACAACUCCCGAACCAGAUCAGUGAAAUCACUGGCAACUCGGGGUUGUUGGACACAUAUCCUACGAUUGGAGACUUGGCAAACGGGCCUUUGUUACUUCAUCACGCUGGCAAUAAUCUGGGCUGCUCUUCGACUGUGUACCUGAUGCCCGAGCUGAGAACCGGGAUCAUUGUUCUUGGUAAUUCUCUGGGCCACUGCGACGCUACGGAUUGGACUGCUCAGAUCCUGACUCAAGCAUUCCUUUCAGGCAAAAUCAAUAGCACCUUCAGCCAGUUCUUUACCGCUGCAGCUUUGCAAGGGCGAUCUGCCAUGGAGCGUGUACAGACAAUUUUGGACAGCGAAAGACAUCCCACUGAGCCUCCUGGUCCCUUGACGAAGUAUCAGGGUUGUUUCUGGCAUAAGUCUCAUCAAUUCUCUAUCAGUAUCGUGUUGGAAAGCCAUGGCGAUCUUACCAUGUCACUUCAGAAUCGGGAUGACGAGAAAUACAGCCUUCGUCACUACGAACAGCAGACCUUUGUAUUUAAUGAGAGCUUUGAUCACAUCAUCGAGCGGGGUCAGUGGUGCAGACCAUAUUGGUUUUAUAAGAUCCAAUUUAUUUGCGAGGAUCAAGAAGUUGUUGCUAUUCGAUGGAGGAUUGAUGAGACACAGGAAGAUGGAGAACUUUUCAGCAAGGCUAGGUAG